CCGAAAUGCUGUAGUACCGUCGUCUGCAGGCUGUCAGUCAGACUCAGAGUGCCAGUGACAGUGUCAGGUUGGCACCAUGUCUGGCAAGGUGACUCGCGGACAACGUUUAGAAACUGAAAUAGAGCGGAGCAGAGAGGAGUCGAAUUGGAAGAAGGUGAUUGAACUAGCAGAGCACCUGAAGGCAAGGAACCAGCCUGGAUUAGAAACUUUAGCCAACUUCCUUAUUGGAGAGGGAAAGCUUGAGUCAUACCUUGAGGAACAUCCUCCAACGGAAGCUAACAUUCCUAAAGCGAAGACAGGACUUGCUGAGGCCCGAAAAUAUCUGCUCAUGUGUAUUGGAGAGCCUGCUAAAAAGCUUGAGGUCUCCCUGGAUGCUCUACUGCUCCUAUCCAAGCUGGAAUAUGCCAUGGGAGACUAUGAAGGGGCUCUGGGCCGCCUCUCAGCUGCUGGUCUUGACCAGCUCACCGAGAAGAGCCUGCCCACUCGCUCCCUUAGGAUUGUUGCAGAGUCCUAUGCCAUAAAGGGACUAUGCUCAGCGCUUCAUCCCAGAAACAGCCUGUGCUCAGAACGUGUUCCUCUGCCCAACAACAGCAAAUAUCAGAGAGCUGAGAAGAAUGAGAAGAUGAUUCGAUGUUUUGAGUUGGCUGGUGACCUGACUUUGCUGUACCUGCAGGAACAGGAUAAAUUAACCUCCACUCCCUCAACUCACUCACUCCAGUCCCUUCCUGCCAGUAACACAACAGGAUCUACCUCUCCUUUACCUCCCAAUGGCCUGGAGAACAAGAAGAUUGGUGUCAUUCUUGAGACUGCUCUCCAGCGUGCUCCCAUUCUGUACAUGAAGGCAGGACAGCUGGAUAAAGCAAUCACCAGAUACAGGAGCAUGCUAUGUGCUGUGGAAUCAACAGCUACCCAACAUCUAAGGCUGACUUUGGCUCGGCAACUGGCUGAGGUUCUGCUAAGGGGUUGCUCUGAGCAUGCCUACAAGGCACCUACAGAGGAAAAGAGCAAAAGCAGUUCCAGCAUCAAGUCUGUAGAGAGCCCAUGGAAGCCCCUCAACUAUUCUGGCACUAACCUGUUUAUACCAAAGAACAUCAAUGAAGAGAUCAUUCUGCUACUCCUCAUUAGUGAAGCCAUGGCAGUGAGAGAAGCAGUCCUCAGUCAGUCUCCAGAGUUCAAGAAUGCCAGAGUUCAUGCCUUUGACAAUGCUACUGCUGUCUAUGACCUGCUAUGUAUAUCUCUGGCCAGAAGAAAGCAAUAUAGUAUCCUUAUUGAGGUUUUUGAGCGAGCUAUGAAAUUCUCUCACGAGGAGAGUCAUGUUUGGCAACAGUUUGGACUGGCACUUGCAUGUGGCCGCAAGGACUCUCGGGCCCUAUUGGUGCUGCAGGAGGUGCACCGUCUGCUGCCCAACGAGCCUCAUUAUUGCUUGCUGGCUGCCAGAGUGGCCUUUCAACAGCUAGGAAAGAUUGAGGAAGGAUUAGAGUGGGUUGACAAGGCCCUCAAAUGUGUAGAUGAGAGAAUGAGUGUCCUAUCUGCACGCUGCCACCUCUACAAUGGUCUUGGGCACACACUGAUGGCAUAUCAAACACAUCGCCACUCAAAUUCCCAGUCACUCAGAACAAAGUCCUUGGAGUCUUUUCUAAGAGCUCAACAGUUAGAUCCCAGUGACCACCUGGUAGAGUAUUAUCUGGCCUUCCACUAUGCUCAAGAAUAUCAUGUUGUAGAGGCCACACACCACGUCAAGCAGGCUCUCUUCCUCCGCUCGGAACACCUCCACUCACUUCAUCUUCUCAUUCUUUUACUUUCCACCAAGAAAGAAUAUGAACAUGCCUUAGAGCUUGCAGAGGCAGCUUUGGCAGAAUACCCUGAAAAUCUGCACUUGAUGUAUGUGCGGGCCAGCCUGGAGGAAGUGGUGUAUGGUGGAGAGGUGGCCCUACACACUGCCCGCCAAAUGUUCACACUGUGGCAGAAACUGUACAAGGAACAGCUGAUGACUGAUAUAAGUGAUGUUCAGUCACAGCAUCAUGCAAAUCAUGACACACACAGCAUGUUCAACAUGUCAGAUAAAGACACAGCCCCGCCCCCAGCAGAAAGCACCGCUCCCUCCUCUUCUAUGGGACUUGUCUUCUCCGAGGUGGUGUCACUCAACCUUAGGCUUCUCUCUCCUACCAUUCCGUUGGACUGUAACCACCCUGACAAAGUAGGACCUAAAACCCCACUUACCCUGGACUCUCCCCCUCACCCCCCUACAGCAUCAGUCCAUGCAGAGAGUGUGGCAGCCUCCCGUGUAGAGCAAGCACUAUCAGAAGUGGCUUCAUCUCUCUCCUCCUACCAGCCCAAGCCAGGACCUCACCAGGCUUGGCUUCUGCAGAUUCAGAUAUGGCUGCUUACUGCUCAACUUUACAUCAAAACUGACCAGUUGGCAGAAGCAGCUCAGUGUCUGCACGAGGCCUCAUCCAUCUUCCCCAUGAGUCACCACAUCAUAUUCAUGAAGGGAUUACUGCAUGAAAAGAAAAAUGAAUUUCAUGAAGCUCAGACUUGCUACCAGAAUGCUCUUGCCAUCAACCCAUACCACCUCAAGAGCCUCAGACACCUGAUCAAGCUACAAUAUGAGGAUGAAGUUUUCUCCAGAAAGGUAUUGCUGGUGAUUGUGUCUUCCAUAUAA